UGGUGUUAGCUGGUUAGGUUAUCGUUGCUGUAUGUAGUGGGGGUGGUACCGGCUAAAUAGCCGCGCGCGGGAGUCGUGCUGUAACGUUGUGCUGGGUAGUAGUAGAAGUUGAAUUUAACACUGCCUCGUGUCUAAAUGCAGUAUUAGUCCAAUGUUUGUCUUAUAUUUUUUUCUAUACGGACACUUCAUUUGAUACAUCGCUUUUAAAUGUUAACCGUGUAUUCGCAUCGCAGUGCAUUUAUUUUCAUAGAACGGAACUUAACCAACAUUUAUUUGCCCGUAUGUGUUGCAACCGUGAACCCGAUAAAUCCAAUCACCAUCGUACGACAAGUGAUCUCAACCAGUUAUGCCUUGAACUUCUGACAAUGUCUCCCUGUUACAUUGUGAAGAAUUGUGUCAAGAAAGAAUGUUCACUGUUGAAGUGCUGUUUCCUCGUGGAUGUGUACAGAGUGCAAACGCAGGAAACACAACUUAAAUUAGAAGACGUAAAUAUUAGGUAUUAAUCGGAUUCAGAAUGCUUAUCCCACGAUCCAGUAUUGUCGCGAGUACAUCACUGCCAACAAUGCCACUGAGGGAUAGGCCAUUAUUGAUGACAUUCUUAUCGAAGUGCUGUAUAUGAAGAAAUCUAUUUAGGUUGACAUAAAGAAACAGCGCUCUUUUCUUCAUUUAAGACUUAGAACUUGCCGGUGUAUAAAAUAAGACGCAAAUGACUUUCGGAUUUUUCGGAAACCACAUUCGGGGAUUUCAAAAUAUUGUGCAGGAACCUUCACGUCUCUUUCCUACCGAAUAAAUACAUGUAAUAAGCAUUUAUGUGAGGUUAUGUAAGAGUGGCAAUAAACAUGAUUAACUGCCUCUUGGUACAUUAUGCUUAUAGGUUAGAACAACUGUGAAACCGUGCGCCGAACACAGCGAGUUGUACAGGAACAUUUCUUUCUGGAAGCAUAUUCAUGAACCCAGAAUUCUCUUUCUCGUAUGAUUACCACGCUAAAUGAAACUUUCGUAAAACAUCCAAAGAUUUGGAAUAGUUUUGUAGGGUCCGUAGGAAGUAUGGAUGUCUUCUUUCGUGAGCUUUAUGCAUUACUUUAUGUGCAAUAAAGCAUAGUAGGAUAUAUUGAACUCUGUAGCUAUUUAAGAAGGCGAAAGCAGUGAAGACAUGAAAGUUAAUUAUGCAAAAUUAUCCGUUCUCGAUUAUAAGUAUAGAACGUCCUGAACACAAGACACAAUGACGUCACGUUUCGGGCAGAGAGCUGUUGGCAUAGCAGCCAUUGUUGCAAUAAUAUUGUUGACCGUCCUCAUAAUACUUCUGUGGACAGCUGUCGGCGCAGGCGUGUUUAGUUCGAAAAAUGUGGCAGAAAAUAAACCUCAAAGAGGAUACAAACUCAGGACACAUGAUUAUGAAUCUCGCAGAACUGAAAAUGCUGUAACUACGAUUUUCGGCGGAUACAGCACUCCUGUUGAGGGACUGGACGUCGUGACCUCGACGGCGACGCUGCUGAACGAGAAGGCCGACGACUACACCAAGAGCACUGGUCGGGGGAAAGCGAGGAAACUGAGCAUUGACGACGACGAGGAAGCCGCGGUGCUUCGCCUGAAUCCGCAGGUGGAGUACGUGAAGCCAGUGAAGAUAUCGCCUCUUCCUCUGCACGAGCAAGAUCUGUUGUACGGCGGUGACCAGUGGGCGUUCACAUCUCCUGUGACGUCACACACUACCCAGGCAACGGGAAAUGGUGGACGCCAUCACGACGUAAGCCAGCCCCACCAGCCACCACUGCGACACCACUCUGGCCAUUUUCGACAUAAAAUGGCGCUGUUGUGGGACCCUCACCCUCAGUACGAGUUCUCUGCCUUUGGUCGGGACUUCCAUUUGCUCUUGGCACAUGACUCUAGUUUCGUGCAUCCAGACCUGCAGGUGACACACGUGUGGCGCAACAUGACGAUCCGCGAGCACCCGGGACUUCGCCCCAGUGGUUGCUUCUACACGGGGACGGUUCGAGGCGACCCCCACUCCACAGUUGCUGUCAGUUUGUGUCACGGCAUGACUGGGCACAUCCGCACCUCGACCGGCAGCUAUUUCAUAGAGCCAGCAGAGAACUGGAGAGACCACACCAGUCCAAUCCUGCAUGCAGUCUACAGGAUACCGGCACCCAACAGCGCUGAGGAAGAGGGACUACACCAAUGCGGCUUAGUCGAUCAUGACGAUGGAUCCCUGGAGCCCGCAGCCAUGUUGCUGAACCGCACGCAAGCUGGAGAGCUCUAUGUGGGGGAGGGCGGGAACCCAAGGAACGGCCGACCGAAGCGAUCUCUGGAUGGCGAUCUCUAUGAGGAAUCUGGACUUCAUACGCCCCGCAGGAGCAAACGAUCGUACUCCCAGGAGUACUUCAUCGAAAUCAUGGUAGUCGCCGACAAGAAAAUGGCAGAAUAUCAUGGCGACGGCCUGCACCACUACAUCCUAACCUUAAUGUCGAUUGUGGCCCAGAUAUAUAAGGACCCUUCUGUCGGCAAUCCGGUGUCCGUGGCGGUGGUUAAAGUGGAGAUACUCAAGGACAUGGAGUUUGUGACGCCAGACAGCAGGCGGAGGGAUACAAAUAAUGACGGUAUUUCGGCAGCCGAGAUGCUUCGCAAGUUCUGCGAGUGGCAGAGUUCCGUCAACUUCUUGGAUGACAGUAGCCCGUACCACCACGAUACAGCCCUUCUCCUCACCAGAGAAAACAUCUGCCGAACUCCAGAAAAAAGGAAAUGCGAUACGCUUGGACUAGCAGAACUAGGCAAAAUGUGCGACAGUAACUCAAGUUGUGCCAUAGUUCAAGACAACGGCCUCAGUGCAGCCUUCACAAUUGCUCACGAACUGGGACAUGUACUCAACAUGCCACAUGAUGAUGACCCCAAGUGCCUUCGUUACCGUGACAGUUCCAGGGUGCACAAUGUAAUGUCCAGGAUGCUGGAUCAUAAGGCAUAUCCUUGGGCUUGGUCAAACUGUAGCAGACAUGUACUUACAGAGUUUUUAGAUGCUGGAAGUGGCCAAUGUCUCCUUGACGCCCCACCCCAGGACUUGAUCACAAAGGAGCAAGAGCGCAGUCAGAGCCAGCCAGGAGAGAGCUUCACAGAAGACCGACAGUGCCAGCUUGUGUUCGGCGAAACUUCCAAAAUAUGCUCAUACAUGCCAGUGUGCAAGCGGCUGUGGUGUACCACAGAUAUGGGAGAGCAGGCAGGAUGCCGAACGCAGUAUAUGCCCUGGGCAGACGGUACACCAUGUAAAGCCGGACGAUGGUGUCAGCGAGGGGAGUGUGUUGUUAAAACUGUCUUGGAGAAAGUUGAUGGCCAAUGGGGGCAUUGGCAGCCGUUUGGAGAAUGCUCCCGCACAUGUGGAGGGGGUGUCAAAAAGUCAGUAAGGUACUGUAACAAACCUGUUCCCUCUAAUGGUGGCCGCUACUGUACGGGUCGGAGAGAGAAGUACCGCAGCUGUGGCACACGUGACUGUCCACCAGGUAGUAAAGGAUUCAGAGAAGAACAAUGCGCUAUUUUCAACAACAACAACUACAAUAUUCAAGGACUACCUGAAGAUGUCAAAUGGGUCCCCAAAUAUGGUGGAAUCAGCCCUGAUGAGAGGUGUAAACUGUACUGCAGGGUUCAUGGUACAAGUGCGUAUUAUCCUCUGAAAGAAAAGGUUGUGGAUGGAACGCCAUGCGGACCAGAUACAUAUGACAUGUGCGUGAAUGGAAUGUGCAAACCUGCAGGCUGUAACCACAUGCUUGGGUCCUCCAUGCAACUAGACAUGUGUGGGAAAUGUGGUGGUGAUAAUUCAGCAUGUGUUUCUAUCAAAGGCAGUUACAACAACUCUACGUAUGGUUAUACCCGAGUAGUACGAAUUCCAGCUGGUUCAUCCAAUCUUGAUAUUAGACAGUAUGGCCACAAAGGAACAACAGAUGACAACUACUUAGCCCUUGUGGACGAAGAUACUGGAGAAUAUAUCCUGAACGGUGGGUUCAUGGUCUCAAUAUUCCGCAAGCUUUUGCUGUUUGGUGAAGCGACAUUAGAAUACACGGGAUCUCAGACAGUUAUAGAGCGUGUCAAUUCUUCUUCCAGACCACUGAAAAAGGAUUUAAUAUUAGAGGUUCUCUCUGUGGGAAGACUGUAUCCCCCAAACAUAACGUUCCAAUAUACAGUUCAGCGUGGCACACAGUAUCGGUGGGAACUGCAAGACAAAUGGACGGCAUGUGGUAAAGUCUGUAAUGGUGAACGUUGGUCAUUACCAUUAUGUGUGAGGAUGGAUAAUUCACAGGUUGUACCAGAUGAACUUUGUGCAGGACUUCAGCAGCUGCCCAAAUACACAGAAUCCUGCAAUACUCACUGCAUUCUAAAGUGGAGGACAUGGCCAGUCACAGAGUGCUCGACGCAUUGCGGCCGUGGAAAGCAGACUCUGGGUUUGCAGUGUGUGCAGCAGUUCCAUGACCCAGACAUUGGUGACAAUACAGUCCAUAAUAGCUCAUGUGCCCAUUUACAAAAACCAGCAGAGGUUGUGGACUGUGAAGGUCCUUGCAACUCUACUCACUGGGAAUUUGGAAUCUGGUCACAGUGCUCCAAAACGUGUGGUGGCGGAACCCAGACACGAUCAGCCCACUGUGUCGAUGAGCGAGGGUGGCCAAAAGAUGAGUCAGACUGUAAGCAGAGUGAGCCACCCAUUCUGGAGCGACCUUGUGGUACCCAAGAUUGCCCUAAAUGGGUUCUUGGAGAGUUGUCACCAUGCUCCGUUACAUGUGGUAUUGGGGAACGCAAGAACUCGCUCUGGUGUCAGAUGGGCAACCGUAUAGUGGCACCAGGAUACUGUGACUCGCAGCCUGUCCCUCCCAACACAGAAAUCUGUACAAGGGAACCAUGUGCCUCUUGGCACCAAGGCCCUUGGCAACAGUGUUCUGUCACAUGUGGUGUUGGUGAGUCUGUAAGGAUUGUGACAUGUCGUUCACUGGAUGGCAAAGAAAUGCCUGAAUCUUUGUGUUCCACUGUGGAGAAGAAACCUACUUCUAGUCAGAAAUGCAUUAAACCGACUUGUCAACAUGAGAUACUGUCAUCAAUGUUUCCUUCAACUUCAACAACGUCUGUGUCCCUUUCCGUGGAUGAGGAUGGCAACUUAGGUCUUCAUUCACCACAUCUUCAUCGCAAUAACAUCCUCCCAACUUCUGUGCCAUUUCCUGGUGCAGCAGAUAACUCCAUUCCACAUGGAGAUGAGGACAUAACUAACAAUGUGCUUUAUGAGCCAGGGGCAUUUGGACCAACUCACAUACAUGGUGUGUGGAAGGCCUCGGAAUGGGGACCUUGUUCUGUUACAUGUGGGGAUGGAAUCAGGCGGAGGGCAGUCACGUGUAUGGAUUUGUCUCGGGCUACCCCCAUUGACAAAGCGUACUGCACUAAAGCUGUGUAUGUCACAACAGAAGAAUUCUGCAGGCGACCUACUUGUGCAUCCUGGAGAGUUGGGGACUGGACAUCAUGUUCUGUUAGCUGUGGCAAGGGAAUAUCAACAAGAGACGUGACGUGCAUUGAUUCACUAUCCAAUGUGGUGUUAGCCAGUGAUCAAGCUUGUUCUGACCACAAUUUGGCACAACCAGAGAGAGAAAAGGAGUGCUAUGUUAGAGACUGUCUAGGUGAACCAUCUUCAGAAUAUCCAAAUCAUGGAGGGAUGAAUGACAUGGGGAAGGACCUCAGCAAUGCAGGCUACAUGUGGCGGACAGGACCAUGGGGAGAGUGCUCAAAGUCUUGCGGAAUGGGCUACAUGCGGCGAAUGGUGGCAUGUCCUUCUGAAGAUGGAAAUGAAGGGGCAGAAUGCAAUAAAGCGGACAGACCAGUUGAUAGAAUAGCAUGUAAUGUAGAACCUUGUCCUGCCUGGAACACUGGUGGAUGGUCGGAGUGCAGUAAGUCAUGUGGGGACGGUGGCUACCAACAUAGACAGGUCAGAUGUCAGUCACAUACUGGAGAGAUACUGGCUGACAUGUUUUGCUCAGCCCUUGAGAGACCAAACGAGCAGCACAUGUGCGAUUUACCCCAGUGCCACAUCAGCUACAGUGACUCCAAUCUGAAACCUGUUACUAAGGAAUAUCAGUGGCGAACAGGCAUUUGGAGUCAGUGUUCGAAGACAUGUGGAAAGGGUGAACGUCACCGGCUAGUUAAAUGUGUAGAGGUGCCUCCUAACACAUAUCCUUAUCAACAAACUGCAAGUGCCUUCUUAGAUGCACAGUAUUCGCGAUAUUACGAGGAGUGGCAAUUAGUGGAGAGACAGCGAAGACUGAAGCUGAAGCCUAAGUUUUUGAAUGGUGCUGAGAUGGUGGUUUCUGCAGCUAAGUGUGAUCACACACAGAUGCCUAAGGCUGUUCGUGGAUGCAUAAAACACUGUCCAUUCUCUUGGAUUGAAGGGGACUGGUCUGAGUGCUCCCAAUCAUGUGGACAUGGCAUCCAACAGAGAUCUGUUCAGUGCCACCAUCUGGGUUCAGUGGUCUCAGCAGAUGACUGCAACCGUGCUGAGCGCCCAUCAGAACAGAGAACCUGCUUCAGUUCUGACUGCCAGGAUGAAUUCUACUGGCAUGCAGGAGAGUGGCAAGAUUGCUCACAUCCAUGUGGAAGAAAGGGCCGCCAGCAUCGCCAUGUGUAUUGUUAUCAUCGUGAUGGAAAGAAAGUUACUAGGAAUAAUUGUGCACAAGCUUCUAAGCCUCAUCGGAAACGCAAGUGUAACCAGCACAGAUGCCGCUUUACUUCAUGUCUUGAUGUGCAGCAGAAAUUACAAGCAAAAGAGGACAAAGAAUACACCUUGCAAAUUAUGGGCAUUAAUGUCUCAAUAUACUGUCAUGGGAUGUCAACAUAUAGCCCCCAGGAGUACCUCAGCUUUCCUGCGGGUGAAGAUGAGAACUUCUCUGAAAUAUAUGACCGAAGGUUGGUCUCGCCAGACACGUGUCCAUAUAAUGGCCAGCGUCGUGACAACUGCUCUUGUGUGGUAGAUGGCAAUGGGAAGGCGCAGUUGACUAUGUACUCCAAAGUCCGUCUAAAUAUUACCUCACUUCGGGUCAUCACUCAAGACAGCACUUUCUCAAGGCAGGCAAAGGGCCAACAGGGGCAACAGGUACCUUACGGACAGGCAGGAGAUUGCUAUAGCAAGGCAGAAUGCCCUCAGGGGCGUUUCUCCAUCAAUCUCAUUGGAACAAAUUUCGUAGUAUCAGCACUCACCAAAUGGGAGGGUAAAGGAUCGAAACCAUCUAAGAAGAUCCAUUGGUCAGAGGGAAACCAGAAAGUGAGUGGCAAGUGUGGAGGUUACUGUGGCACAUGCAGUCCUCACCUGCGACAUGGACUCAAAUUGGAUGUGUUGCCACCAUAGUCAAACAAAUAACUACUAGCGUCAUUUAUCAAUUUUAAUAAGUUCCUCUAUACUUGCAAGAGGCUAACAGUGAAUCAGACGCUGCUGCACUAGCUGUUCAGUUCGCGCAACAUUGGGAUCCAGUUCGCUGAGUGUGAAGACUAGAGAUUACAUUACAUCAUUAGGCCACUGCUCUAGGAAACAUCCUAGCCUUUGUUGAUGCUUAAUACAAGGGUCAUACCAAAGUCAUGAGCAACAAUAUUUUUGUAAAGUAACAUGCUUUAUUAUUGACAAACCAAAUACAUCACCUCAAUCU